GAGUCUCUUCAGUCGUGAAAAGACUCUUCUGUGAAAAACAUCUACCUAAUAAAUACUGAGAUUGAUAAAGCGAAACAGAAGAAGAAAAAAAUUUACCCGAAGAAGAAGCGCUCACCGCUCACACACACACACACACACACACGCACAUACGCACACACAGACAAACACUACCCGAAGAAGAACUCAACGCACACUCAAUAUCAGUGAGUGAGAUAGGAGAGCACACACCACCUCAAUAACAGCAACAAACGGCAGCAGCCGCCGCCGAAGGAAAAAAAAGCAACAGAAUGACGACUCAAGAGGUGACUCUGAGUGGAUAAAACAAAAUACAUGAAGUCACAAACGAAUUACGCAUAGUACCGCAAGCACAAAAACACACAUAUCGCGCACCACAGUUACGAGAGUGACGAGAUUUUUUUGUGCGAUUCGCAUCCCAACAACAUUCGCCUUGCCAAAGGAUUAAAACGAAUUUUUGUAAAGAAGAAAACGAAUAAAUCUGACGAUUGUUUAAACAAGAGAUUAUCGAGAGAAGUAGACAUUAAAUACGAUUAAAUGAGUGUAAAAUCAUAAAUUCCGUCUAAUUAUUAGUAUUUCAAGUUCAUUUUGCGAGAAAAAAAAAGACACGCUAUCAUUUGAACGGAAUUAAUUGCAGCACCACUUGUGUGUGCCGACACACACACUAUCGAUAUUCGCGAAGCUAGAAGAGAAUUCAAAAUAAAGCAAAUUGCAGUUCAGUGAUAAGCGCAACGGAAAAAUUGUAAAAUAAAUAAAACGGUUGCCGCCCCAGUGCACCAGCAAUCGCACAGUGUGAACGAAAUUCGUUCAAACUGAAGUGGGUUAUCAAAUAGAGUUCCGUGGGAAAAUGAGGUUUGGAACACAGGCCUUGAAAAUUAAAAUUUUUUUACGUAAAAAUUGAUUUCGAAACGUGAAUUUAAUAAAAUUAACUGACAAAUCGUAAAACAACAACAACCAAAUCGUCAAACUUCAGAGACAUAAACAGUUUCGAAAUAGGCAAUGAAAUAAAAAAACGAUCAAAAGCGACAAAGAUCAAGAAAAAAAAACUACGAAAAAGAAAAGAAAAAUCGAUAAUUUGUUAUCUCUUUUUUUCGGUGGAAGUGUAUAAAUAUGAUCGUUUGAUUAGUCGCCUGAGUAUAUAUCGGCUAAAGAAUCCGGUUCGAUUAAAUUUGCAUAUUUACACGAAAUACUGAAGUAAAAAAAACGCUCAUCGAUUUAAACAGUUUGUUUUAUUGUAACAGAGCACGAUCAGCACGUCACUGGCGACUCAAAACGCCUGAAAUGACUCACAAAUCUAAUGAAUUUUCGCUUAUUGUCAUUAUAUAUUUAUAAACUUUUUUUUUCCUCUGCUCUUACAACGAUUAUUAUUUGUUGAUUAAACGAGAAAAAAAAGAACGAUUGCGAAUUAUAAAGAUCGAAAUUAAGAAGUGACAACAACGGGCAGUAUCAUCAACGGUUCUACGAACGAUCGAUCGACUGGAUGCAGAUUAAGUGUAUGGGAAUCCCACGUGUAUGUUUUGCUCUUACACGCUCUAUCAGAAAUAAAUAUAACAGAGAGGAGAAGAAAAAAAAGCGUCAGAAACUAUAAAUAAAAAUUACUUGUUGUUCGCGCUCGCUCGCUUAUUCACUCUCUUUCCGCCGCGAAAUCGUUAUUGUUCUUCCAGAAGAAAAAAACACACAGUGAUGAUUAUAUUUGUUAUUUUUCUGUUUCAUUCGGUUGCGUUGAUAGUUUGAGAGGAGCGAGUCAAAAGAUGACAUAGACACAAUAUCCAAAUGCAAAACAUAUUGAGGCUAGUACACGAAAAAAAAGUAUAAUAGAAACAACCAUUCGCUGAUUUGAUUUGAUAUUCGCAAAGUGCUUGUGCAAUAAACUUGAGAUCAAUUGAGAGGCAGCAACGAACAACGACGACGACGACGACAACGAACAAACAAAAAACAAACGAACACGAAGCGAGAAACUCUUGUUAGAUGCACACGAAGAACAGGGAAAAGUGACGGUUUAUACUUUUUUGUGCUUUUUUUUCAUUCAUUUUGAGCGCAUGUGCACACACAUCAAAAUCCAUAAAAUAAUUAACAUAGCUAACCUUUGAUCAGGAAUCAUUUUUCUGUGCGAGCGCGCGCACGGCGAUUGCUGCUUCGAUCGGCUGAUAUUCUGUGUGUGUAUGCUAGUGCGCGUCCUCAGCUCACGCGCGCGCACACGCGCUUGAUUCCGUUUUGACUGUUUGGUGGAUAUAUAUUCGGAUUGGGAUAUUGGCUGCAUUGCCUUCUCUCUGUCUCUCCCCCGGUGUAUUCACUCUCGACACACAUUCAAUUAUUAACACAAUUUUUUCUCCGUUGUGUUCACGUGUACUUGUGUAUAAACAUUAAUUCGCUUGUUCUCUCUCACUUCGUUUUUUUUUUCUCUCUCUCAAUAUUUUGUUUAAUGUUUUUAAUGAACAAGUUAAUCAAGCAACAAACACACGCUGGUGCCAGUGCAUGUGAACGGUCAAAGUAAUAAAACCAACGAAUAUUAUUGAGCAUCGAUCGGGUGAAACGAGAAACAACAACGACGACGACGACGACGUAAAAAAAACGGAACGAAAACUACUCACUCAGUCGCAGAGAAUGCGAAAAAAAAUGGUUAUUAUGGAAUAUUGUGAAUUAUUUGACGAAAGACGAAAUAAAACGGUAUGAUUGUACUGUAAAUUGAAAACUGCAUGCAGCACAUCGACACAUCAACAAUGGCAUUAAUUGCAUCUUUUUAUAAUACGUUCAUUUCGUUUGGUGCAUCGCAUUCAGCGUUGGUUUGCGCAAAAAAAAUUCCGCAUUGAAAAACAAAAAAAAGAGAGAGAAUUUCAGUUUGAGAGUGAUGAUAAUUAACAUCAUCAGCCCAAACUAACGAAGACAGGGACAAAAACGACGGCACACAGACUGAAAUUUCCAGAGAAGACACACACACAGCGAACUGAAAUAAAAAGCACAACUUUAACGUGAACCUCAACGCUGUGACACGAAAAGACAAAAGCAGCAGGCGGUGGCACUGGGUCGAUAAUUGAAUUAAAUUACGUGCAAAAGCAAAUGCAAUCAAUAUCACAAGAAAGGCAACGCCGAGAGAAGGAACAGAAAAAUUGAACGGGGACAAAAAAAAUUUAUUGAAAUAAAAUUUAAACGCGAACAACCAGAGCCUCCAACGAAUUCGAAGGCGCAAGCGAUAUAGAGGGAGAAAGAGAGAGAGAGAGAGAGUAUUAAAAAAACGAUAUGGUAUGAUUCGUUUUGCAUUGAACACGCAGUGCUGUGAAUUGAUGCGACGUCAACACCAACGACAACAACUCACUCACCGGGAGAAUAAGAAGACGAUACGACUUUGUAGUUUGUUACUGUUGUUUUUUUCUUUAAUUAAGCGCAUUUUCGGGUCAAGUCAUGUUUCAUUUCGGUUCAUGAAUUGUGAUUGCACCACACACACUAAAUAAAAUUGCGCCACCACACAUCGGAACACUUUGUACAGAGUAAUAGUCAACAGCAACAGGCAACAAUCAUCACCAAGAGACUGUUUUAAUUUCGAACCAAUCUGAUAUCUCCCACACUUAUUAACAAAACACAAUUUUUUUUUUUGCUGCUUCAAUUUAAAUGAUAUUAAAGUGCAUCAGUCGCGCGCGAAUUUGUGAUGCGAAAGUGAAUACGUGAACACGACACUGUGAAAAGAAUCGAAACUGAUCAUUUUUGAACAGACGACGUGCUCGACGAUCUUUUUCUUUCUCAAGUCCGAACAGACAAAAAAAGAGCAUUUCAAAGAAGAGGAAGAAAAAAAAACAAACGAAAUUGUCGAUGCCGAGCCGAAAAGGAAAGAAAAGUCAAUUUGUAUUAGUGUUUAUUUGCGAUUUUUAUGUGAGUGUACACUUUUAAGGUGAUUCAUUUUUUUACGAGCAAAAAACAACGAACAAUAAACAACUUCAUGCCAUUCGUGCUUUUUUUUUUAUCAUAAAAGCCGUAUCAAUCCGCCAAUUGAUACAUCUUGUGCAUAUAUGAUAAUCGAGCGAGAAUCAAAACAACGAAUAAAAAAGAAACAAGAAGAAGAAGAAGUAGAAGGAGAAAAAAUCGUACGUGGUGAUUCCAUUGAUUGAUGUGCAAUUUAGAUCGAAAAACAAAAGCAUCUUCAUUCCAUCAGUGUGAAAUAUAUAAAAUAAAACAAUAACCGCAGUACAGUUUUAUCUUCAGCCGAAAUUCAGCGCCUGUGAUCACUCACCAACAAUUUUGUAACUACGUACACACACCAAUCGACAUUCAACAAUCGGAUAAUUCGAUAAGCAACACUUUCGGAACACUUUUCGGCCGUUAUUUUCAUUUCCCCGAGCACAACGCAACAACAACCAACCAAGAUUUGCGACUGGUUCAAUCGAUUUUUUCGUUCGGCUUUUGUGUACCAAACGGAGGUUUGUCGAGUGUGGCGCAACGGUGUAUUGUGAUGAAUCAACAGUGUAAAGUGUGCGGCGAACCGGCGGCUGGCUUCCAUUUCGGUGCAUUCACAUGCGAAGGAUGCAAGUCAUUUUUCGGGCGCACGUACAACAAUUUGUCAUCAAUAUCGGAAUGUAAAAACAAUCGCGAUUGCAUCAUAAAUAAAAAAAAUCGUACGUCAUGUAAGGCAUGCCGUUUGCGUAAAUGUUUAUUGGUUGGUAUGUCGAAAAGUGGCUCUCGAUUUGGACGUCGAUCAAAUUGGUUUAAAAUCCAUUGCUUGCUGCAAGAGCAACAGCAGCAACAACAACAGCAACAGCAACAGCAAAGUGAACAGCACGAGAGAAAAAACUCAACGACAGACACGAAACUUACCGAACCAACGGAAUCGAUCGGACACAGUGAUACCGGAACACCGUCAUCGAAUCAACGCAUCCAUGAUUCGGCCGCCAAUUUUUUAUUCUCCACAUCGAUGGCACUGGCGCUCAAAGCACAACGAAAACGAAAGAAAUCGUCCAGCGAUUCGGGCGCAUCGUCCACCACCGACGAAAAUCGCCCACGAUCUCGAUGCUACAGUCCAACAACACAACAACACCUCUUCCUAAACGGUCAGAAGAAUUUCCACUUUAGCAACAAUCGAUUCUUUUCAACCACAUCAACAAUUACGUCGCAGUUACUGUCAUCGUAUGGUGUAUGCAUGAUGAUGCCGCCAACCGCCAGUCCUGCCACCGCAACAAUGUCACCACCGUCGGCAACGAGCAUUAACCUCUACGUGCAAGAUAAACCGAUUGACCUGUCAAUAAAAUCCAAUCGAUAGAACAUUUUUACAUUCACACACUCACACGCACAUAUACAUUGUCCAGAAAUGCAUUUCGCAACCAGAUUCAAAUACAUUUCAUACGACGAAUUUUAACAAUAUCUUUCCUCUUUCAUUUUGAGAAAGCAAGUUACUCACCGCUCGACACUCCAUUCCUCUAUCUAUCUAUCUCUUUAAAAUCUAAUUUAUUUAUUUGUUUAGGUGCAUAAGAACAUUCCUUUAAUGAAACCCAUCAUUUGUAUGUAUGACUCGUUUUGUAAGCAGAUUUUGUUUUAAAAUGUUACAAAAUAUUUAAUAAUUUAUUUUCAAGAGACAAUUUUCAAGAGCGCCCAGUAUAAAUGAUUAAGAUUCAACAAAAGCUGACAAUGAAAAACAAUGUGUCAACGAUGGUUGGGUACGAAGAUUACGAGAGAAGAUACGGAAGAAACAAAAUUAUGUCGAAUUUAUUAAUUUUCUUGUGUGUAAUCUUCACAUCCAGCCAACAGCACACACACAGAGACACACAGCUAUCAGCUGCUUCAACUGUACAACUAGUAGUUCGUUAGUGAUUAAGUCACACUAAAUCUUAUUUAAAAUUUAGCCACGUAUUUUACCGACACAACACACACACACACAAAUUAAAGUUUUUUCUCUUCGGUUUCAUCUCUUACGCACGACAACGCAACUUUUGAUAUAGCUUUAAAAAGUCUGAAUUUAAUUAGUACGAACGCUACUGAACAACACCAGUUCUAGGGAAUUUGUUUUUCUCCGAAUAUUUAUGGUAAUCAAUCUCAUUUAUUUCACGUUCAGUUUUAAUUUUUCUCACGGUUGAUAUGGACAAAAUACGCAUGAAGCGAUUUCUUUAUUAUUAAAACAAGAUUUUCUGUCAAUACUGUACUGUGGCUUGGAGUUUUUACUUGAUCUAUGCAUCGAAAAUAUUGGAACUUUCAAUACACUUUAUCCAAUUUGGAAAAGACCCAUUCAGAAAAGUAUUUAAUGACAAGUCGGAAGUUUUCUUUCAAAAUAUCUUAUUAUUCACUGUAAUGCGGACGAAUAAAAUAAAAUGACCAUUCCAUAUAUCGUAAAAGAACCCAAGUUGGUCCAACUUCGUAGCAAUAAAGAGAAGUAUAUUUCAUUGCAACUAAAAAUGGUUAAAAGAAUGUAUGUUCGUUUUUAGCGGGUCCUCGCGGUUUUUCACGGUUCCGCGGAACUGAUAAGAGAUAACAACUUGGUGUCUUCGGCAAAGUUGUAGCACUCGAGGUCUUAUCUCUUAUCUAUGGCGAAAAGCGCGAAAAAUGAUAAGAAAAAAAAGUUCUAUAUAAAAUUUGCUUUUUUAUGUGCGCGAUUUGCGAUGUGCGCGAUAGAUGUCUUCAGCAAUGUAAAAGAAGACCUCGAGUACUACAACUUUGUCGAAGACAACAAGUUGUUAUCUCUUAUCAGUUCCGCGGAAACCGUGAAAAGACGCGGAAGCUAGACGGGAUGCCAACAUACAUACUUCCUUUUAACGCAGAUAGAAUCAACAGUAAACAUACUUUCCUUUUCAAAAAUAUAAAUCGACAAAAAAACAUACAUUCUUUUACGUCUCACGAAUAUACUCAUGUGAUUAAAUCGUUAAUUAAUCGAUAUUGAUACGACACACCAGGAGAUCAAUGGGUGUGAUUUUUUUCGAUUUUUUAUAUAAAAACAAUUAUAUCGAUCGAUCAGAUUAAAUUGAGCUUAUUCCAUAUUGGGUCAAAAAUCGUUUGAACUACAGAAGUUAUCUUCCUAAAAAAAUUGAAAUGUGAAAUUCGAAUAGACAGCAAAUUGACAAAAGAAAGUUGAAGAAUCAAAAUUACCAGUGAAAAACCGAAAUCGAAUCGAAAGUGUGCACUGCACAUUUUGUACAUUCUUUGUGUUUUCCCUGGAAAUCAAUUCAGAAUUUUCUUUGAAAUUCGACUUGAAAAAAGACAUUGACUCUAACAUGCGUACAAUAGAUUCCCUCCUUAAUUCUGUAUUUGUGUCUGUGUCUGUGGACAGUAUAUUUUAGAGCAAUAUUUAUAGUAAAUGAAGAGAACAAUCGGAAUAAUGAAAGCGGAUUAAAGGGCACUUUGAUUGUUUAAGUUUUACUUAAGAGAUUCAAUAAGAAAGAAGUGUAGACUAAGACUUUUUAUACGUAGUGAAUUCGAUAGGCCAGUAGCCGUGCAGCAUUGAUUUUCGGAUUGUAUUAUGGCCAGAGAAAAUCAAUUAUUAAAUUCUAACUAUUCCAUAAAUAUUGAAUAUAAAACGUUUCUUAUCAAAA